UGUCCUCCACAGAUGCGCUUCAUGUUACUGUUCAGCCGCCAGGGCAAGCUGAGGCUGCAGAAGUGGUACAUCGCCAUGUCGGAGAGGGAGAAGAAGAAGCUGGGCCGGGAGCUGAUGCAGAUCGUGCUGGGACGCAAGCCCAAGAUGUGCAGCUUCCUGGAAUGGAAGGACCUCAAGGUUGUGUACAAGAGGUAUGCCAGUCUAUAUUUUUGCUGUGCGAUUGAAGACCAGGACAAUGAGCUUCUGACUCUGGAGCUCAUCCACCGAUACGUGGAGCUGCUCGACAAAUACUUUGGCAGCGUGUGCGAGUUGGACAUCAUCUUCAACUUUGAGAAGGCCUACUUCAUAUUGGAUGAGUUCAUCAUGGGGGGUGAGAUCCAGGACACUUCGAAGAAGAACGUCUUGAAGGCCAUUGAGCAAGCCGAUCUGAUGCAGGAGGUACGUUCAGUUGUUGAACGGGGCUUUAUUUAUUUACCACAUAUGCGACGGCACAGUGAAAAUAUCUUUGCAAAUAUUAUAUCUGCCGGCACUGCCAUUUUUUGGCGGCGUCGUUCAAAGUCCAAGGUGCGGUGGGCAACGCGCGCGCUCGAUGACCUGAAGGAGUUCCCGCCCGGCCCUCCCCUCCCCUCUCCCCGCCCGGCCAUUUUGUGUCCCGUGGGGCGCCUCCUGCAGCCCAACCUUUCCCCGGCUCGCCCUCGUGUCGGCCGGGGAAACCCCACAUAG